CCAAACCAACACACUCAAUCAGGGGUAUAUUCAAUACUCCGAUUCCUUUGCAGAACUUUCCUUAAACGGAAGCAAACGGAAUAAAACGAGGCGGACCUGCCUGAAUUUGUCCAAUAGAAACUCUUGUUUUGCUCUGUUUGUUGUCCGUUUGGUUCUUAAAUGGUAAACGGUUUCCGUAAUGAAUACAUCUCAGGCAUAAAAGCCUCAGCAAGCUACAGAAGUACAGUGGAGUCAGUCCAAUAUUGUACAACAAUGGCAGGGUGGGUUGAAGUUGCAAUAGUGGUCGUGUGCUGCGCCAAUGUACUUGGUGCACUAAUGUGGGAAGUGGGUCCACAGCAUCUGACUAGACCUGUAACUUAUGCUGUGCAGCCUCAGCAGGUCAUCCGGAGCCCAGUGGCUUCCACUCCUAUAGAGAAAUGCCAAGUAAAGGAGGAAGAGAGGAUUACUUGUGGAACCCCUGCGAUUACCAUUGCUCAAUGUGACGCGAUCAACUGCUGCUUUGAUGGGUGGCGGUGCUACUAUGGGAAAGCAGUGACUGUUCAGUGUAGCAGAGAUGGUCAGUUUGUGGUGGUGGUGGCCAGGGAUUCCACUCGGCCCAACCUGGACCUUGAUUCCAUUAGUCUGCUUGGUGGGCAGGAUGCCCCCUGUAAGCCUGUUGGCACCACUACAGUCUUUGCUGUAUACCAGUUCCCUGUCACUGCAUGUGGCACCACUCUGAUGGAGGACAGUGGCUAUGUGGUCUAUGAGAACAGCAUGACGUCUUCCUAUGAAGUGGGGAUUGGACCUCGUGGCUCAAUCACCAGAGACAGCCAUUUUGAGCUGCAGUUCCAGUGUAAGUACAUUGGCACGGCAGUGGAGAUACUGACUGUUGAGGUGAACACUGUUGCUCCACCUGCUCCGGUUGCUGCUCCUGGACCCAUCAGCGUGACGCUGCGACUGGCCAGAGGACAAUGUUACAACGAGGGAUGUGUGGAAGAUGUGGAAGCCUACACCUCCUACUACAGCGAGGCAGACUACCCAGUUGUCAAGGUCCUAAAGGAGCCGGUUUAUGUUGAGGUUUACAUCGAGAGGAGGACUGACUCUAACCUGGUCCUGAAUUUGGAGCACUGCUGGGCCACCUCCUCCCCCAGUCCUCUAAGCCUGCCCAAGUGGGACCUCCUGGUUGAUGGGUGUCCAUCUCAGGAUGACCGCUACCUGACCUCUGUGAUCCCUGUGUCUGGCGUCAUGUUCCUCACCCACUACAAACGCUUUGUGGUCAAGAUGUUCACUUUUGUGGAUGUGCACACCUUAGCCCCUCUGAAGGACAGGGUAUUCAUUCACUGUAGUACAGAGGUGUGCUACGCUACUGGAAACCACUCCUGUCAACAGAGCUGCAACAGGCAAAGGAGAGAUGUGUCUUUGGAUGGAGAGACUUCUGUGGUGUCCAGUGGAGAGCUGAUUCUGACCAGAACCACCUGCCAGGCCUGAAAUACUUCUGAUCCACCUCUGCUUGGGAUGAGGGCCUGACUACGACCUAGUAGCAGAUACAAGAUGCCUAUUCACUUUUUAUCCACUAGCUUGCUAAAUAAAAUGAUUGAUUUUCAA